CAGAUCUGGGCAAGUCAAGCCCUGCGCAGACAGCACAGAGACAACAGAAAGAAGAGACAUAUAGACAAGAUAGCUUGAGAGACGAGACGUGCCUAACAUCUCGUGCCCACUAUUUUAUUUGUAUGUCUCACUUCUCUGAAGCUCAUCAUGGACAACUCAACAACAGCCGCAGAGGUCUCAGCGCCUACAGAUUAUGACUACAACAGUACUUCCUAUGAUGAUGAUAAUCCUUACGCUGCCCCCUGCAGUCUGACAGAAACAUGGAAUUUUCUUGGUCGCUUUGCACCUGUGGCUUACAUCCUGGUGUUUAUCCUGGCGCUAGUGGGUAACAUACUUGUGCUUUGUGUUAUCCGCCGAUAUCGCCAAUCUCGACACAGUCCCUGCUCCUUCUCACUGACAGACACCUUCCUGCUACAUUUGGCCAUCUCAGACCUUCUUCUGGCUGCAACGUUGCCAUUUUUCGCCGUCGAGUGGAUCAGCGAGUGGGUGUUUGGCAAGGUGAUGUGUAAAAUAACUGGAGCUUUGUUCUCGCUGAAUGUUUAUUGUGGGGUGCUCUUCCUGGCAUGUAUCAGCUUUGACAGAUACCUGGCUAUUGUCCACGCCAUCAAUAUCAGCUGGAGACGCAAAACCUGCCACGCUCAGCUGGCCUGCGCCUUCAUUUGGGUCAUCUGUUUGGGAUUGUCCAUGGUGGACAUGCACUUUCGUGACUUAGUGGAAAUUCCUGGCAUGAAUCGAAUGGUGUGCCAAAUAGUUUAUUCUGAACAAUACUCCAAGCAAUGGCAGAUUGGUAUGCAGCUGGUAAGCAUGGUUCUUGGGUUCAUACUUCCUCUGUUGGUAAUGCUGUAUUGCUACCUUCACAUUUUCAAAGCUCUGUGCCAUGCCACACGUAGGCAGAAACGCCGCUCACUGAGGCUCAUCAUCUCCUUAGUCAUCGUGUUCGUGAUCAGCUGGGCGCCUUAUAAUGCUCUGCGGAUGACUGACAGCUUGCAGAUGUUAGGCGUCAUUGUCAAAUCCUGCGCAUUGAACAAUGUGUUGGAUGUGGGCAUUCUGGUGACAGAAAGUCUAGGCUUGGCACAUUGCGCUUUAAAUCCUCUACUUUAUGGGCUUGUGGGAGUGAAGUUUCGCCGUGAGCUUGCCCAGAUGUGCAAGGCUGCUUUAGGACCCCAGGGGUGCCUCGGGUUGGUGGGAUGGGCAAACGGUCGAGGAUCAAGCACCCGCAGGCCUACUGGAUCAUUCAGUUCAGUGGAGACCGAGAACACUUCGUACUUUUCUGUCAUGGCCUGACAAGAGGGCAAGAGGAGAAGUGACACUUGUUUUUCAUCAGAGUCUGAAAAGUCAGCAAGAUUUUUGUUUGUGUAGAGUAAAAACUGAAGCUUUCCAUGGUUCUCCUUUUUUAAAAACGUGGCAUUAUAAAAUAAUGAAGUGUGUAUUAAUAGUGGUUGUGUGUAAAGUGAUAGUUCACCCAAAGUAAAAUGUUGUCACUAUUUACUCACCCUCAAGUGGCUCCAAACUUUUGAGUAUCAUUUUUUUUGUUGAACUCAAAUUAAGAUAUUUUCAAAAAUACCUGUUAUUAUCCCUGAAAAAAUACCCCAUAUUUUCAUUAAAUACCAUUGACCAAUGUUCAGUAUAGGAAAAACAAAUACCGUCGAAGUCAAUGUUACAUCUUUUUCAAAAAAUUUUAUUCAAAUAUCUUCUUUUGUGUUCAAGAGAAGAAAGUAAUUGAAACAAGUUUGUAACAAGUGAAAGGUGAGUAAAUUAUGAUUAAAUUCUCAGCUUUGGACAAACUAUCCCUUUAAAUACGACGUUUUGAUCAUUUUUUAUAUAUUUUUACAGAUCAUCUGCAUGUUUUUGCUUGCUUUGUAAAUUAAUCUGCCUUUUAAAUAAAUCAUUUAAAUGAA